AUUUCUUCAUCUGAUCUGCUUUGUGAAUCAGAUCCUGACAGUGAACAGAUACUGGCCACAAAGCAGAGGCAGAACUCUGCUGUCUGACCAUCUAACAAGGUUCUGCUUCUAAGGAUGGAUCCCAUUGAUGUUGGUCUGCAGGAGGUUCUAGAGGAACAUAAGAUCAGUCUGAGGAGGAGAUGUGAACGUGUGACUGAAGGAAGUGAUGAACCAGGAAGUGGAACCCUCCUCAACAGGAUCUACACUGAUCUCUACAUCACAGAGGGACAGAGUGAAGAGGUUAAUACCCAACAUGAGGUGAAGCAGCUGGAGAGAGCUUCCAGGAUCCAGAACCUCCAUGACUCUCCAAUCAGGUGCCACGACAUCUUUAAAGCCUCGCCUGACCAACAUGGAGCCAUCAGAGUGGUUCUGACCAACGGCGUCGCUGGUGUUGGAAAAACCUUCUCAGUGCAGAAGUUCACUCUGGACUGGGCCGAGGGCUUGGAGAACCAAGAUGUCCGUGUGGUGGUUCUGCUGUCGUUCAGGGAGCUGAACCUGAUCAGAGGUGAGCAGCACAAUCUUCUCACGCUGCUCCAUGUUUUCCAUCCAACCCUCCAGAAGCUCCCAGCAGAGCAGCUGGCUGCCCACAAACUUCUCUUCAUCUUUGACGGCCUGGAUGAAAGCAGACUUUCUCUGGACUUCAAGCACAGUCCGCUGGUUUCUGACGUCACACAGGAGUCAUCAGUCGAUGUUCUGCUGACAAACCUCAUCAAGGGGAACCUGCUUCCCUCGGCUCUGGUCUGGAUCACCUCCAGACCUGCAGCGGCCAAUCAGAUCCCUCCUUCAUGUGUUACCAGGGUAACAGAGGUACGAGGCUUCACCAACGCCCAGAAGGAGGAGUACUUCAGGAGGAGGUUCAGUGAUGAAGAGCUGUCCAGCAGAAUCAUCACCCAUAUCAAGACCUCCAGGAGCCUCCACAUCAUGUGUGGAAUCCCAGUCUUCUGCUGGAUCACUGCUACGGUUCUGGAGAACAUGUUGACCACAGAGCAGAGAGAUGAGCUGCCCAAGACCAUGACGGACAUGUACUCUCACUUCCUGCUGGUCCAGACCAGGAGGAAGAACAACAAGUACCAUGAAGGACAUGAGAGGAGUCAGAAGAAGCUGACGACAUGCUUCCAGCUGGUCUGGAAAAGAUGGAAGAAGAACAACAACCAUGAAGGACAUGGUAGGAGUCCACAGGAGCUGAUGGAGGCUGACAGAGAAGUUCUCCUGAAGCUGGGGAGGCUGGCGUUGGAACAUCUGGAGAAAGGAAACAUCAUGUUCUACCAAGAAGACCUGCAGCACUGUGGUCUGGAUGUCACAGAGGCCUCGGUGUACUCAGGAGUUUGUACAGAGAUCUUCAAGAGAGAGAGCGUGAUCUUCCAGAAAGCAGUCUACUGCUUUGUUCAUCUGAGCGUUCAGGAGUUCCUGGCUGCAGUCUACAUGUUCCACUGCUUCACCAGCAGGAACAAAAAGGUAGUGAAGAACUUCCUGGGAGAUAAAUACAGUAAAACAUCUCUGGAUGAGUUCCUGAGGAGAAUCAUGGAUAAAUCCCUCAGCAGUGAAAAUGGCCACCUGGACCUGUUUGCUCGCUUCCUUCAUGGCCUCUCUGUGGAGUCCAACCAGAGACUCUUAGGAGGCCUGCUGGGUCAGACAGAGAACAGUCCAGGAACCAUCCAGAGAGUCAUCAACAACCUGAAGGAGAUGAGCACUGAUGAUAUCUCUCCUGACAGAAGCAUCAAUAUCUUCCACUGUCUGAUGGAGAUGAAGGACCUCUCAAUUUAUCAGGAGAUCCAACAGUUCCUGAAAUCAGAGAACAGAUCAGAGAAGCUCUCAGAGUUCCAGUGCUCAGCUCUGGCCUACAUGCUGCAGAUGUCAGAGGAGGUUCUGGAUGAGUUGGACCUGGAGAAGUACAACACAUCAGAGAGAGGACGACGGAGACUGAUUCCAGCUGUGAGGAACUGCAGAAAGGCUCGACUAGUGGGCUGUGAGCUCUCACUGACUGAAUGGGAAGUUGUGGCCUCAGCUCUGAAGUCCAACCCCUCCCUGACUGACCUGGAAAUAGAUCAGAUCUACAAUGCACGGAGAACCUUUGGAGACUCUGAGAUGAAGCGCCUCUGUGAGAUCCUGGAGACUCCAUUCUGUAAAGUAAAGAAGCUGAUAUUGUUAGACUGCAGUUUGUCAGAGAUCAGCUGUGAUCAUCUGACAUCGGCACUGAAGUCCAACCCGUCCCAUCUGACAGAACUGAACCUGAGUGACAACGACCUGAAAGAUUGUGGAGUGAAGGAGCUCUGUGGUUUCCUCCAGACUCCCCUCUGCAAACUACAGACACUGAUAUUGUGGGGCUGCAGGUUGUCAAAGAUCAGCUGUGAUCAUCUGGUAUCGGCGCUGAAGUCCAACCCGUCCCAUCUGACACUACUGAGCCUGAGCUCCAAUGACCUUAAAGAUUGUGGAGUGAAGGAGCUCUGUGGUUUCCUCCAGACUCCCCUCUGCAAACUACAGACACUGAGAUUGAGUAACUGCAGGUUGUCAGAGAUCACCUGUGAUCAUCUGGUAUCGGCGCUGAAGACCAACCCGUCCCAUCUGACAGAACUGGACCUGAGGUACAACUACCUGAAGGAGUCAGAGGUUCAGCAGCUGGAGGAUCUUGUAAAGAGUCCAGACUACAAACUGAAAACUCUGGAGUGGAGGAGAUGAUCUUAGUGGAGGAAAUAAGCUGAGCUGUCCUGAUGAUCCAGAGGUUGAAGCUGCAGCAGUUUGAGUUUAAAGAGACUCUGACUGGAUCCUGAUGAUGAACUCUGACCAUAGAGAUGUUGACCCUGUUUAUCUGAUCAUGUCUGUCAUUUAGUGUCUGAUAUUGUUUGUCUCUGUGGACCAAUGAGGAUCAAAUGAAAACUAAGCUGCAUUUAGUGGCUCCAUGGAGUUUUGAUCU